AAUGUCGCAGCUUCAUUGACCUGGCCCCGGCAUCGGAGAAGGGGGUCCUGUGGCUGUCGGUGGUCUCCGAGGUGCUCUAUAUCCUCCUGCUGGUGGUUGGCUUCAGCCUCAUGUGUCUCGAGCUCUUCCACUCCAGCAAUGUCAUCGACGGGCUCAAGCUCAACGCCUUCGCAGCUGUCUUCACAGUGCUGUCAGGCCUCCUGGGAAUGGUAGCCCACAUGAUGUACACGCAAGUAUUCCAGGUCACUGUGAGCCUUGGCCCUGAAGACUGGAGACCCCACUCCUGGGACUACGGGUGGUCCUUCUGCCUGGCGUGGGGCUCCUUUACCUGCUGCAUGGCGGCCUCUGUCACCACACUCAACUCCUACACCAAGACGGUCAUUGAGUUCCGGCACAAGCGCAAGGUCUUUGAGCAGGGCUACCGGGAGGAGCCAACCUUCAUAGACCCUGAGGCCAUCAAGUACUUCCGGGAGAGGAUCGAGAAGGGGGAUGGGCACGAGGAGGAGGACCUGCGCUUAGAUUGUCGCCACGAGAGAUACGCUGCCCGACACCAUCCGCACAUGGGGGAUUCCUGGCCCCGGGGCUCUGCACAGGAGGUGCCAGAGCUGAGCCGCCAGUGUUGGGUGCUGGGGCACUGGGUGUGACCGAGACCCAGCGUGGCCCCCGGACCUCAGGCCGCC